ACUAAACCAUUGACUUGUCUUUAGCGUGUCUCUUUUUUUUUUGUGGCAAGAUUGUGAAUUGAUUUUCCAACUAUACAGAAAAGUAUUCAAGUCAGCCCAGUUGUGGGUCCUUUUUAACGUACAAUUUUCCAUAUGAUUAAUGAUUAUGGUAUGUGUGGUUCAUGUAUUCCCAGAACAGACAAUAACCAUUCCUGUGAUACUAUUAUUCCACUUUGAUGAUUAAGUAGGAUUGGAAAAACCUCGCUUGUAGCCAAAAUCAAUAAAUUGCUAUGCUGAUUUAGUCAUUGAGGGGAUUACGGCUUCGAACAACUCUUUGAGAGAUUGAUUUUAAUUUCAGUUUAACUAAAUAUAUUUCUUUGUGAACCUCAAGCUAUAUGUAAUGGAGUGAGUCUACAUACCAUUUGCAUAUAUUGAGGCCACAACCCCUGAAUAUAAUUUUCAGCUUUUCACACCUUCGCCUGCAAAAGUUGUGCAAGAUGAAAUCAGCUUCAUAUGCCCACCUUCUUUUCUGGUCACUCAUUAUUUUUUUCAUCUCUUUGAUGGUAAUUACCUCCACUGCUCUGGAUACUGUCACUCCAAUCGAACCACUCCAUGAUGAUAAGACUUUAGUUUCCACAGGUGGGAACUUCGAGCUGGGAUUCUUCAGUCCAGGCAGCAGCACCAGAAGAUAUGUGGGAAUUUGGUUCAAGAAUAUCUCAGUCAUGACGUAUGUUUGGGUUGCCAAUCGAGAGACUCCACUUCUUGAUUCAUUUGGCGUUCUUCAGAUGACAAAUCAGUCUGUUCUGACACUUGUCAACAGCACAGGAGGAGUGGUAUGGUCUAGCAACACAUCAAGAUCAGUAUCAAAUCCAGUUGCGCAACUUUUAGACUCAGGGAACCUUGUUGUCAGAGAUUCAAAAGAUGAUAGCCUUGAUAAUAUGUUAUGGCAGAGUUUUGAUUAUCCCUGUCAUACUCAGCUACCAGGAAUGAAGUUGGGAAAGAACUUCGUUACUGGGUUGGAUCGAUUCCUAACUUCCUGGAAAAGCAGCGAUGAUCCUUCCCCAGGUAGCUAUACGUACCGGAUUGAUCCCACAGGAUACCCACAACCAUUCCUUUUGAGAGAUAAUGUUGUGCAGUUUCGAGAUGGUCCAUGGAAUGGUCUCUGGUUUUCAAGUACUAGUAGGCUACCAACUUUUUCUCCUAAUGAAGUUGAGUUUGUUUUGAAUAACAGGGAGAUGUACUAUGUCUAUGGUAACUUCUCACUCGUCACUAACAGAGUAUUGGACCCCUCUGGACACAUCCAUCGUCAACAAUGGAUUAAUCAUACACAAGGUUGGGCUACGUACUUCUCGAAACCUGACGAUAGUUGCGACAUUUAUGGUGCGUGUGGCGCCUUUAGUAGUUGUAACCUUGCAAACAAUCCUCAAUGUCAAUGCAUGAAUGGUUUUGUGCCCAAGUCUGUUACAAAUUGGAAUGCAGGAAAUUGGAUGGAUGGGUGUGUUCGUAGUGCUCCAUUGAAUUGCAGUGUUAGUCAUGGGUUCAUCAAGUAUCCUCAUGUUAAAUUGCCUGACACCAGAUAUUCCUGGUAUAAUACAACAAUGAUGCUCGACGAAUGUAGGGGAAUGUGCUUGCAGAAUUGCUCCUGUGUGGCGUAUGCUAAUUUAGACAUAACUAAUGGAGGAAGUGGGUGCUUGUUGUGGAUUAAUACCGUGAUUGAUGUGAAAGUUCUGUCAGCUUCUGGACAAGAUUUAUAUGUGAAGGUGCCCUUAUCAAAGUUGGGUGGUGAUAAGAAAAAACGACUAUGGAUUUCUAUACGCGCCACUUUAGCAGUUUUGACUUUGAUGCUUCUCUGUGGAGCUACAUUAUAUAUUUUGUGGAGGCGGCGGAAGAGCAAAGCAAACUGCAAUGCUAGUAGUAAAAUCAGCACUAAUAACAACAAUGAAGGAGAAUCUGAGCUGCCAAUAUAUGCUUUUGAUGUGAUAGCUAAAGCUACAAACGAUUUCUCCGUUUAUAACAAACUUGGACAGGGUGGCUUUGGACCUGUAUACAAGGGAGUGCUGAGUGAUGGACGAGAGAUAGCUGUGAAAAGGCUCUCUAAGGAUUCAAGACAAGGACUAGACGAAUUCAAGAACGAGGUUAUAUUUAUUGCAAAGCUCCAGCAUAGAAAUCUUGUGAGACUUACGGGAUGUUGUGUUGAAGCAGAAGAGCGGUUGCUUAUCUACGAGUACAUGCCCAAUAAAAGCUUGGACUGCUAUAUAUUUGAUCCAACAAGCAAUAACUUGCUAGAUUGGCCAAAGCGCUUAGAGAUCAUCAAUGGAAUUGCUCGAGGACUUCUAUAUCUUCAUCAAGAUUCUAGACUAAGAAUUGUUCAUCGAGAUCUCAAGGCGAGCAAUAUACUACUUGAUGCCGAGAUGAAUCCAAAAAUCUCUGAUUUUGGGUUGGCUAGAACAUUUAAUGGAAAUGAAGAUGAAGCACAGACAAUGCGAGUUGUUGGAACAUAUGGCUACAUGCCUCCAGAGUACACUAUCGAUGGGCUAUUUUCAGUGAAAUCUGAUGUCUUUAGUUUUGGAGUAUUAGUUCUUGAGAUCAUAAGUGGCAAGAAAAAUAGAGGAUUCAGUCAUCCAGACCACUAUCACAGCCUUCUUGGACAUGCAUGGACACUUUUCAAAGAAGGUACAGCUUUGGAUCUAGCAGAUCCGUUGAUUCAGAACUCGAGUUAUGCGUACCAACUGCAGAGGUCAAUCCAAAUCGGCCUGUUAUGUGUUCAGCAACAUCCGGAAGAUAGACCGAGCACGUCACUCAUUGCUGUCAUGUUAAGCAGUGAUUGUGAAUUACUUGAACCUAAAGAGCCUGGCUUUUAUAUCGGAAGGUGUUUGCCACAAGAAUCAAGAUCCAAUGAUUGCACUAUAACAUCGCUUCUUGGCAGGUAGGAUGUGUAAUUCAAGAUACAACCAGAAACCGCACGUCAAAAUGUCUUCUAAAAUGGAUCAACAGACAGAGUUCCGAUUCUAGGAACUAAAGCAAGUUAUAUAUUUUUUGGAGAGACAGAACCACUCUUGAGUCUUGACUGUCUAUACUAUAGCAACAAUAACAAUGUCAAAGCCUUAAUCUCCACCAGAUGAGGUCGUCUGCAUGAGUCAAGACAUUAUCUCUGAUGGUCGUCUAUGUAGAUUAUAUGCCUCAAUUCUCUUAUGUCAAGCAUAUAACUGUCCCAUGCUCUGGUUAUUGUAAGCCCUCUGUCCAAGGUAGUCAUUUUUGUACUCUCUCGACUUCUUCUAAAAAGUUUCUAAUUGUACUAUAAACACUUCACCAUAUGUUUCUAAUGCCUCAUAUUGCUACCAGGGGAUAUUUUUAUUUCCUC